GAUUCUGGAAAGUGGCUCGCUCCCCAAUGGAUCUAGAGUGGAGAUUAUGUAACAAGUUAAUCCUUGGGUGGGGGAUUUUGUUCAUCCAACAUCCACACACGAUCUUCAAAAAGAAGGAAUCCACAAUAAUUAUCUUCGGGCCAACAACAAUAUUGGAACCACAAUGCACAUGGGAUAACAGAUAGAAAACGAUCUUCACCCACUCGCUCAUUCGUCCAUUCGUUCAAUCAAAAACAACCGUUAAUUAAUCGGUCUGUUGUCAACCGUCCAAGAGAGACACGAUAUGAAAUACAUCAUGCCAUCAUACAUCAUACAUCAUACAUCUGCCAUCUGUCAUUCUCCGUACACCAUUGCCAAUGAUUUGUCCUCGUUUCUUUCCAUAUGGAGACCACACUUGCAAACGUCCAAAUGCAUCCACGCAGACAAACGCCAACCUCUGCGCCUGCUCCUGCUCCUGCUCCUACUCCUGCCCCCUGUUCUCCUGUCCCUUUAUAUCUACCUCCCUAGACCUAGGUAUGCUUUCCAACUACUGCGUCCAUACAUGCUCGGGACCUUGGGGGGCACACCCACAGCGCUAAUAGCCAAGUAAAUAAAUAACUUGGCUGAGCCCGUCCUUGUGUUGCCCCAUUCAAGCUACCGCUCCACGAAAGUUGAAUCCAAGAUUGUGUAGAAACCCUGCUCGAACCCCUGAAAGGACCCUUCAGACCGGGUUUUAGACUUUUGAUGGGGACGCGGUACAACUUCCAUAUCUUUUCAAACAUUAUUGUCCAUGGCAUUGGUCCAAGUGCUGGCUCCAAAUUCACUUCUCUACUAGCUGUUCGCAUAUAUCUCAUAUCUUCCCUCUCCUCCUCCUCGCUGUCCUCUUUCAUCUUCUUCUCUCACUUUGCGCAAACUUGGAUCCUCGAUUGCAUUUUGGAUCUUCUCACCGAACAUGGCUUCUAUAAUGGAGAACGCUUCGAUUGAAUCUGCAGCUGCAGUUAUCGUCAAUCAUCCCUAUUACCCCCUCGAGAUGGAGAUAGCCAGCUAUCUGGCGAAUGAAUGGACUGUACCUACUCUCCUGAGCAUCUUCUUUGGUGCUUGUGCAGUAUUGUUCUUAUGUACUCGCACUUUCGUUGCGAGAUCAUAUCCUCAUCUGCCAAGCACCGAGAAAGCUGCGAUAUGGUGGUUGGUUCUAUCUGGCGCAAUCCACCUCUUUUUCGAAGGAUAUUUUUCGCUUCAUCAUACCAAAAUUAUCAAGGACCAACAACUGUUGGGACAAUUAUGGAAGGAAUACGCCCUUAGCGAUAGUCGAUAUUUGACAUCCGAUCCUUUUGUCCUCUGCAUGGAAACUGUAACAGCGUUUUUAUGGGGACCUAUGUGCUUUACCGUUGCGGCAUUUAUCGCGACUCGUCAUCCACUUCGACACCCCCUACAAAUCAUUGUAACUGUAGGACAAAUCUAUGGACUCGUUCUGUACUAUGCGACUCACACUUUUGAUUAUUAUCACAAAGAAGUCAAUUAUUCCAGACCAGAAUUUCUGUACUUUUGGUUUUACUAUUUCUUCAUGAAUUUCCUCUGGAUGAUCUUUCCAGGCAUGCUCCUCGUCGAUUCAGUACGUACUAUUGCGCGAACCUUCACAGAGCUCGACCAGGUCAAGAACACUCGAAAGGCCAAGGGGUUUGCAAAGAAAGGCCAAUAAAUGCUGGGAAUUAUGGCCGGAGGCGGAUACAGGAGGCAAAAUACAGAUACGAUACCCCAUUUGUUAUUAAAAGCGUGUCACCAUCUACUUUUCAGAAGUAUAGAUUUCAGAAACUACCUAUAGAUAGAUGUAUGUAAGACCGCAGAGGAACUCAACUCAAAUGCAGGUUGAAGAAGAAUGCAUUGGCGAAAGGAGUCUAGGAAUCUGGCUGCACAUAUAGAUUUUCCAGAAUGAUAUACUCAUAACCAUUCGAAUUGAUCCUCACCA